AAAUAACACUCAUAAUAAUAGACGCCUAAAGGCUAGUAAAGUCUUUACUCACGUCAACUCUGCAUUUUCUUCCAAACAAUGCAAGCAGAGAAGCAGCAGCAGCCGCAAUGGAGAAUCAGCGUUUACGCAAGAUCCAAGUACUUCAAUUUCAGAUUCAAAGCAACAAGGUCAUUACCCCUUCCCUCCUCCUGGAAUUUCCAGCGACUUUCCAUUUGGUUUAGAAUCCGGAGAUACUUCAUCCUCGGAGUGAAAUCAGAGUCUCCCAAACAACAACAAUCAACUCUCAAAUCCAGACUCCUCAGAGGCUUCGCAAGGCUUCGUCCUCGUCGGGACAAGAAACGCUCUAUUGCUGCAACAGAAACCUUAAAUCUUCAACCCCAAGAAACCAAAUCUUCCAUUAGUCAUUUGAGACGAUUGGAGGAACCAGUGAAUAUGGUUUGUUUGGUUGUUGGGAUUCUGGGAUUUCUGUUUCGAUCAAUUGUGUCUGAGAAAGCUCUUGCCUUUGUUAUUUUAUUAAGCUUGGCUCUGUUGCUGAAGAAAUACGUUUGUGGAAGAAGAUUCAUGACUGCUUUGGCUUAUGCAGUGAUUGCCGCAGUGGUUUGUCCAUUGGUGUUCCAUCUCAACAGUUUCGGAAAUUAUGAUAAGGCUCCAAGCUAUAUUUCAAAAUUUGUUUGGAGGGCAAUGAAUUUGAUAUGUAAAUCUUCCAGUAGCUACUAUGGAUUACUAUAAUUUACCUCCUCUUAUGGGUGUCAUUAUCUGUGAUAUGUUAUUCCUUUUAAAUGGAAUUUUACUAACAAAAAUAUUAAAUUUAUCAAGUAA